AUGUUCAGUCAGCAUCACAGUGGGAUUUAUGCCACCUGCACUCUAACCAUUGACCUUCCUAUCCUCUGUAGAAUACCAAAGAGCUUUUCAGAUUUUACAGCCUCGAUUGUUGCAACAAACAAAGAUUUUUCUUUCUUCUUUCUUUCCCUAGGACUGAGAUACAACAUGGAAUCUCAGCAACCCAAAAAAGACUGUGCACCCAGCAACAAUCAGGAUGGGAAAACACAGGGGAACGCAGCGGCUGAAUUCUCUAUUGUAAACCAGAGGGCUUCGUUGCACCCAAGUGGGCCGACCGAGCGCCAAGGCACAGAUAUCAAGCCGAACGUAUUGUUUGUCAUUAAAGACCAUCAGAAAAAAGGCACAGGAAGCAAUUCUGCUAGGACUCACAAGCGAAAGAGGAGAUUUGUCAUCAAGAAGAGCCCCGCGCUGAUUGCCAUCAACGGCUCUUUCCCCAACCUCUCCAUUUUGAAAAUGGAAGAAGGAAGUGAUGUCAAGUGGAAAAGCCUGUACAAGACCCAAAGGGAGAGGAAGCGAAUCAUGAGAGAGACGUGUUCCAAAUAUAAGAGCAACAGCAAACGUAUAAUCACCCCGUAUCAUGUUUCCAGGAUAUUUGUCGAAGAUAAAUACCGAAUUCUCUACUGUGAAGUUCCCAAAGCUGGCUGCUCCAACUGGAAGAGAGUGCUCAUGGUUCUGAACGGCCUGGCCUCAUCCACCAGGGUUAUUCAACACAACACAGUGCAUUAUGGGAAUUACUUGAAAAGGCUGGAUGGCUUUGACCGCAAAGGGAUCAACUACCGGCUCAAUACUUACACGAAAAUGCUCUUUGUCCGCGAACCUUUUGAAAAGUUGGUUUCUGCUUUUCGAGACAAGUUUGAGCACCCCAAUAAUUAUUACCACCCUGUUUUUGGCAGACCAAUCAUUUCGAGGUACCGAGUCAACGGCACCAAAGAAGCACUCAGGACAGGCUCUGGGGUGAAAUUUAAAGAGUUCAUUCAGUACCUUCUAGAUGUGCAUCGGCCUGUGGGAAUGGACAUCCACUGGGAUCACAUCAACAGGCUCUGUAGCCCAUGUAUGAUAGACUAUGAUUUUAUAGGCAAAUUUGAAACCAUGGAAGAAGACGCAAAUUUCUUCCUGCACUUAAUUAACGCCCCACAAAAUUUGACUUUCCCUAGGUUUAAAGACAGACAUUCUGACGAAGAGCGGACCACCACUCAAAUUAUGCAGCAGUAUUUCACACAGCUUUCUCCUGCUCAAAGGCAACGCAGCUACGAUUUCUAUUAUAUGGAUUAUCUGAUGUUUAACUACUCCAAGCCUUUUGAAGACCUCUACUAAACGAGGAGGGACUGCUGGGCACCAUCUGCCAGCCGGUGUGAGGGAAAUCUUAUAUUGGUCUAUGUUAAAGAAAUUCCUGGCCAAUUGCCCCCAUUUACAAAUAUGAUAAAGGGUAGACCUACACGACAGGCUUUGACAGGUUAUGCAGUCAUUCCCCCCUCUCCAGAGAGCUCUGGGAAGUGUGGUUCUGUCUGAGGGGGCUGCAGCUAGAACAGUGGUGCUCAGCGUGGUGCCACGGCCCCUGCUGGUUUGCUUCUUAGUGCCCACUUCUUUCUUUCCCCAAACCAUAUUUUACUCAAAUUAAAGAGGCAGUCCUGGCCUUUCUCCACCCACUGGAACAAAAGGUGCUUCAGAAAACCCCACAAGGGUUCACAGAAGAAUGAGAGGCUUAAGGGCUUCCCAACCUUUUGUCAUUGCCCCCAUAUCAACUCACAAAGUUGACUAUUGCAGCAGGUGACCUCCCAUCUCUACUGCUCUGCUCCCCCCACCCACCCACAGUUGUGUGACAGGAGUAAAACUGGGGGAGGGGGAAUUACAUUGUGCCAUGACGUGAAGUGAAGUCAUAGCACUACAUGACAUUGUUUCCUUAGUCUCCAUCCCCAAAUACUUUAGCCCCCAAGAGACUCCUGGGUAACAACCCUAUACUCAUGGCAGCCAUUUUGUGAUUGCUCCGGCCUUCCAUGACGAAUGGCUCUUUCUCUGAAUACCAGAUGUGUCCACUGGCUUCUCAAGGUUGAGAUCCCCUGAUCUAGAAUGUCUUUGGGCAUCUCCAAAUGCAAUUCCAAGGAUUCUUUGAAGGAAGCCACGACUUAUAACAAGUAUGUGGUGUAAACUUGCUCUAAAUUAACUUCUCCAUUCAGGUGUUGAGCUGCUGUAGGGGAAAUAACCUUACCUCCAUAUUUUUCAAGGUUUAUCUGUGUAAAAGAAAGAAAGAGACCUCGUUUUUUUAAAAAAAUCAAGAAAAAAAUAUCACUUUCCAUCUAUUCUUAGGCCUGCAAAGUCUAUGGGAAAGAAGUGUUGAUUGUCUGUGCCUGUUUGUGAUAUAUGCUAGGCAUUCUUAAAGGAUCCAGUGCAGAGUUUGUUGCGGCUGCAGCAUAUUAAAAAGAAGCUAGGCUAUAACUCGCAAUUAGUAGUAUUUACAUGCACAACUUAACUGUCUCCAUCACAUCGUACAUUUUGACUAUGAUUUCUACAUUUGGUAUAUUUAUACAUCUAAUGGCAGGGCUCCUAAUAAAGCACAGAAUUUUUCAACAUGAUGUCAGUGGGUGUUUGCACUGCUCAUGAAAGAAAGGAUAGAAGGUGUCUGUAAAGUCCUCUGUGGUAUCCUCCCUAAUAAG